AUGGCAAGCCCACAGACCGUCGUAAAACUGGACAUGACAGCUCAUCUGGAGCCGCAACUGGAACACGCCCCGCAAGACGCUGAGAAUCUCCACCUCGACGAAGAGAUACCGACCAACGAUGCCUGGGUCUCGCUCUCGAAACAUUUCACAUCCGUCAAAGACCUGCACAUGGACAGCGGGUGGAACGAGGAACUCAACGACCGCGACAUCCCACUCCAUUGGCCCCUCGAGAAGCUCACCAUUAGCAGCGCCUGCGGCGAAGUAUGUCGAUCUCCUUGGAUCGUCCAAGGAAAGGUCCCGCACCUGGUGCUUGAUUACACCGCCGGGCUGAGAUUCGAAGGCCCCACGACCGCGGAGCUAACCGCUGCCAACAACGACGCGAUAAAGAAACGCGAGAAGGACGAAAGUCCGCACAAGGUCGGCGACAUACAGAUCACCUUCGUUCCCGACCUCGUCGCCGAAUGGAUGAGGAAGAAAUACGCCGACGACGACGGCGACAACAACAAAGGCGAGAACGAGCCAACGACAGAAGCACCACCACCACCUACCCCUUCCAACCUCCGCACUCUCGAAAUCAUCUACAACGACGCCCGCGACACGCUCUACCGCUACGUCCUCGCCCACCCGACCCUCAUCGACCCCGUCCAAACCCUCAGCCUCAUCGCAAAGAGCAAACACGACCUCAGCAUCGGCGACGAGCGCAUCCUCGAAGACCUGCUGCCCCAACUCACCCACCUGACCGCUCUCGUCCUCGUCCUCGGCGACCAUUAUCGCGACCGCGAGCAGCUGCCGGCUUUUUUCAAGCACUUCCCGCCCAAUGUCGAGACGCUGCGUUUCCAGAGCUCCGUGUCGUUGGCGAGGGAGGAGGUUGUUGUUGAGAGGUGGGUGGAUGCGUUUGGGGAUCCCGAGUUUUUGCCGCGGUUGAAGAGGUUGAGCUUCGUGUUGGAUUUGGAGGAUGGGGAGGGGGAGAGGCGGGAGAAUGAGGAGUGGGAGAGGUUGCAUCCGCAGCGGGAUGGGGAGGAGGAAGAGGAGGAGAAGGAGGUGGAUGAUGAUGUGGCCGGCAAAGACGCCAAGACGGGAGAGGACGACGCUUCCUCGUCUCCGUCGGAGGAGAGCGAUAACGGUGCCGAGGGGUCGAAGGAUCCGGACGAGGUAAAGCAAGAUACUGCCGAAUCUGCCGAGACUGCGGAAAAGACUGCUCCUGCUCCUGUACAAAAGCCACCUCCCAAUGUCUCGGAUGAGGUCCUAGCACGGGCGAAGCGUGCGUGUGAGCGCGUGGAGCGGGCAGCAGAGAGUCGUGGCGUAAUCAUCGACUCGUUUAUGGGCGUGUGGAGGCAAGGCUUCACCGGUCUUACGCAUGUGGAUUACCGAUGGGAUAACUUGUAG